GUGAAAUGAAAGAUAAUUCAUCAGCCAAAUCUAAAUCCGCUCAAAUAACCGAGGUGUCAUCGGCUAAGAGUAAAACUAAAGAAGAUGGUAAAUCUAAAAACAACGUAGCACCGAUUGCCGAAUUUGACAAAUCUCCUCCGUCGACGCUCGAAGAAGUUCUCACGGUUGGUGAUCUCACGCCACCUACCGAGGCUAUCGAUGACCUAGUAUCAGCGCAAUAUUCUGCCUCGCAACAUGAUAAGUCUUCUAAGAAAUCGGCUAAAAAAAAUCGACAGUACGACGAUGACGACGAAUUUACAACUUGCAAUUGGAUGGAAUACGUAUUAGUAGUGGUACUAUCAUGUUCGCUAUUAGUCGCAGCUCUAAUUCUAAUACUAUUCUGGACCUUAUAUUUCCAAAAAGGAUUUGCUUGGCAUGAAGAACCAGAAAAGCAAUUCAACUUACAUCCAACCCUUAUGGUGACCGGUUUUAUAACAAUCAGCGGAUUUUCGAUGCUGUUGUACAGAAUAAGUCGAUGCUGCAGGCAUAUUUUCGUGAAACUGUUCCACACGAUUUUCCAUAUAUUGGCCAUCCCAUGCAUUGGUUUGGGAUUUUUCGCAGUUUUCGACAAGAAAAUGUUGUCUGGAGAAACACACUUCUAUACUCUACACAGCUGGAUGGGUUUAGUAACGAUGGGCAUGUUUGCUUUACAGUUUGUCUUCGGAUUCUUCAGCUUCUUAGUACUGCUGUGCUGUGAAGGUGCUACGGCAGCCUGCAGAGCAGCUUUUGUUCCAAUUCACGCUUCCUUCGGUACUACCAUAUUCAUGCUAGCAGUGGCUACAAGUUUGACCGGACUGACUCAAAAAACGUGGAAAUUAUUCGCAGAUCACUCGAAAGAAACUCCAUACCGAUUAACGGAAGAAAUAAUUAUUGUGAACGCACUAGCAAUGGUGUUGGUAGCUUUGGGCAUUGUCCUGUCAUACACUGUAAAUCGACAUUCUCUACGAGUAAAUAAAGGAAGCAUCAUCACCGAAAGAUUAUAAGAAUAACUAUUUAAAAAAAAAUUAAGGAGAUUCUAUAUUUGCUUGAGGUGAAUUUUGCCUUAAAAAUACUUUGCAUUUUAGCUUUCAUUUUUUCCUCAGUUAUUUAAAAAUGUAUUGUGUAUAUGUUGUUGAUACUUGAUAUUACAAAAAGUAUAGUCUAUGUAUAAGAACAACGAAUAUUUUUCGCAAAUGAAAUUUUCUUGUAGACAUUUUUGAUUCGUAUUAUUUGAAGAAAUAAUUUUAAAUCAAUUUAAAUGUUGACUUUACUGCCUUCUUUUUUGUAUUACCAGAAAUACUUAUUGUUGUUGCUAUAAUUUUAUAUUAUCAUGAUUUAAUAAAAUUUAAAAGAAAAAAAACACAUUAAAUUCAGUGUUCAAGCAACGAAUGUAAAUACUCUUGAACGUAUUUGAAGUAAAAAACCAAAAUUUUAAAGUUUUUCGAUAUAUUUGUAAAUAUUUUAAAAGUUUAGAUUUAUUUUCAAUGUUAUUUAGUUGUUAUUAUGUUAUUUACCUAUAGAAAAAAAAAAUGAUACAUAUUUAUACAUAAAUAGGUAACCAAAAAAAUUGAGCUUUUUUCACCGCUUAGCACUGAUACACUAAAUUCACUUCUACGAAGGUUGCAAAAACAGAAUCAUUGUUCCCUUUUGCGCUCGUUUGAAACAAACCUAUACCAAAAAAAAUGCACCGCUUUUGGGCAGCUGAACAGUAGGAAAAGAUGCAAAAUGCGGUUGAAGUCUUUCAAGAACCCAGUAGGUACCUAGCAUUUACUUGGAUAAAAAAUUACCUAAAUGCAUUUUACACUCGACACCACUAUACUUGAUCUCGAAAAUUUUGGAAUUUCAUAGAAAUUCUCAUUCUCUCAACCUCUGUUUGAAAAAGCAAACCAACUAUUUAGCUCAAAUAAAAUAACAAUAAAUUUAAAUUAGGUUGUUUGUAAUUUUGUUUAGUUUUAGGCGUAAUGUGUAUUUCUCAAGACUUUCAAGAUAAUGAAUUUUACUGAUGACUCUUUUAUACGAGAUUUUUUUUUCUUUUUUUUACGAUUUUCGAAUAAAAUAUAAUUUUUCAGAUUUUUAUUUUUAGAUUAAAGAAUGAAAUAUUAUUAACUAGUCUAUAAAUAAAUUAUAUAUUUGCUAAUUGAGUUUUGUUUCGUUUGAUUCAUUCCCUUACGUAAUGCGCAAGCCAGAUGAAAAAGGCUAUGACUAUAGUCUGUCUCAUUUAACUUGACCAUUACCAAUACUUACACACUACUCUAUCGCAUUGUGUAAAUACAACGCACAGUUGCCACAAAUAAUUUCAAAAGAAAACAAAUAGUAAAGUCAACAUCACCUUACGCGGCAAAUGCGGCAAAGUAAAGCAAAUGAACAAUGCUGAUUUUU